GCAGGAGUGAGCAUUGAGUGUGAAGUGAACAUCCGAUGCAUCGCCCAAGAUGCCGCGCACGAAGAAGAUACACCAGCUGAAGAUACCGCGAGUGCGGCAGGACUGGUCGAAAUGGAAUCUCUACAAUUUAUCGCGCGUGACGACUCCGCCUGCAGCGAACAAGACGUUCUUCCAGCAAAAAUGGGCGGCAAAGGCGAUGGCACGUUCAUAUCACAAUCCCUUUGUUCGGGAAGGGACGUGGACACGAAUGUUCGAUAGACGAUUACCCGCCGUCGUACCCAUGGACCACCGAUAUUUGGCUGCGAACGAUGGCUCGGAGAUGGCCAGUGGGCGAGGAAUGGGCAAGGAGAAGGACCCGAGGACAAUAGACGAACAAGAUCGGCCUCAAAAGACACCAUACAUGCAUAUGACAUUCUGGCCUCUGGAGAGACGACUAGACACGGCGAUACAUCGCGCGCUAUUUGCGUCCAGUGUGAGCCAGGCGCGACAAUUUGUGGUCCAUGGAUUCGUCAAGGUCAAUGGCAAGAAGAUGAUUUAUCCUGGUUACCAACUCAAUCCCGGCGACAUGUUCAGCGUGGACCCGGAGAUGGUCAUGUUUGCCACUGGUGCCAGAAAGUUCAAGUCUAGCAGCCCAAGGUCGACACAAGAGGCGAGGAGGAGGCGUGAAGCUGGAAUUGCGGAGGCCGAGACAAAGGCAGCCAAGAAAGAGGUGGCACGGAGUGCAGAGGACGAGAUUUUAGAGCCAAAGGCGGAGGCUACCGAGACUGAGGCCGACGACGAUGCUACAGCCACGAACUACAGCACGGAGCUGAAGCGACUCAUGCGUCGCGCAAAGACUAUACUGGACGAGUCGAAGAUGAAACUGUCCGCAAAGCGACAACAGGAGCUGCGAGCCUUUACAAAAGAGCUGAAGACGACAUUUUCGAAGAUCAAGAGCAUGGAAGAUCCCACGGCGGAGCAGACUGUGGAAGACUUCGAGACUGCGCUUGCCGAGAUCUUGACCAAAGUCCCGCAAGAUGCAACGCCUGAGAGCGAGCAGCCGGCCGCUGAAACAACCAGCUCGGAUCCACAGGCUCAACUUGGAAAGGAGGAUGCCUAUCGUGCAAGAAAAGAUGCCGAACUAUUACAUGCUGCAUUGGAGAGAGCGCGAUCGAACCCGAUUGAUGCGAGUAAACCAUACGCCACGCCGUGGGAACCCCGAGAAUUUAUGAGCGCUUUUGCCUUCAUUCCUCGGUAUCUGGAGGUGAACCAAAACAUUUGCUCGGCUGUAUAUCUGCGGCAUCCGGUUGCGAGACCUGGCUUGGCCGAGGUGCCCACUCCUUUCUCUGCAGAAACCAUGGCGCUUGGCUUCAAUUGGUACCUCAGGAGGCGGUAACCGUUGGCAGUGGCAGCACGGCGUUGGAGGCGCAACUGUCAGGACUGCAAAACGCACUGGCCUGUACUAUAAGCAUCUACAGAAUUGUUUCAUGUACCAAGCGAGAUUCCUUGCCUCAGCUUUUUCGGCGCUUGAAUUUGCACACACAGUCUGGAUCGCGAAGAGAGUGGUGGAUUCUUCAUCGUCCCAUUUCCAGAUCUCACGUAAUUAUGACAGAACGUGCGGGUGCUGAAUGUGAAACCAGAUGCCAGAAUCAAGUGGAGGCUGUUGCGAAUAUGGUCUUGAUGACUUUGAGAAAUGCAAUACGGUUCUGCUGAGUUCGUCCGCCAUGGCUCACAUCAGACAGAAUCUCACUGGUAUCACGACAAUGGAGGUGCUUGGAGCAUACCUUCAACACACGAUGGUUCACACGCAUCACGUGGCGCUAUUCAGCCUUAGUCCGGUGUCCACAGAAAGCUGUUGCGCUGUUCCAGACUGUGUGACGUGUGUCGUCGCCCGUGGGCCAAAACGAUGCACUGGGGAACUCUGGCAAAUGCCCCAGAAAAAGGUACGUUGAUUAAAGCAUUCUAAAAACUCCUCUUCACCUUUGUCCAAAAAGAAUUCGUCUUGUCAGUGCCAAAUCCCGUCUGCUUCACAUCCAGAUCCAGCCUCCUCCCCUGGUCCAAAUCAAUCUCAUAUGAUCGCCAAAAUCGUGUCUUGUUGAUGUACUUGAAAACAAGCCAGAUGAUGGGGAACAACGGCAACAGAAUAUAAGCAUCGACAAAAGUCCCCGCAUCGAAUGGAGAUAAUGUCGUCCAGCCUUGGAUCAAAGCCAAGAAUAUAUUCGCGCCGACGCCAAAGUAUGCGUUCCAUGGAUACCAGAGAGAUUUAUAUGGCAACUCUUCGAUCGAUCGUCCUUGAGUUCUCCAGGCUGCGCGGAAACGGAUAUGGAUGAAGCUGAUCGAUGCCCAGACGAGGAAAGUCGAAACGCCGCUCAGGUUGACGAUGUACGAAUAUGCUUUGCUCGCACCAGUACUGACAUUCAUCAUACUGAUCGAUCCG